CCCCCGCCCCCGCACAACCUCCCCGCAGAGCAUUUCGUCUACCAGUGGGCGUCCGAGUGCCUCUACCACAACGGGACGGAGCGGGUGCGCUUCCUCGACCGCAUCGCCUUCGGCCGGCAGGAGUUCGUCCGCUUCGACAGCGACCGCGGGGAGUUCGAGGCCGUCACGACCCUCGGGGAGCCCGACGCCCGAUACUGGAACAGCCAGAAGGACUUCCUGGAGCGCAGGCGGAGCGAAGUGGAUGCCUUCUGCAGGAGCAACUGGGCCUCCGACUGGCCCUUCGCCAGCUCCCGCCGGG